AUGUAAAACUAAAAUAUUAAAUCUGUUACAUCGAGAUAGGAAGUAAAACCAAUUAAAGCUAAUAUAACAAAGUAUGACAUACCAUAGAAUAAUUUAGAGAAUAAUUUCAAACUUUAACAAAACUCUAUAACUUAGGGAGAUAACAAAACCAGAAUGUUGAACGUGAUCGUAAUUAAUAAUAACAGCAAUUAUCUACCUAAACAUAAUAAUAAACAAUUACUCCUAGAAAUAAUACACCAUAAUCAUGUAGAACUGCAUCAGAUGUAUUCAUUUAUAGUAAACUAAAAAGAUGAAAUACUUUUUGUAUUAGAAAAGUAAUCUUAAAGAAUAAGGAAAGAUAUAAAAUAAUUCAUAAGUAUUGCCUAAAACGAAAAAUAGUUUGCAUCGUAAUUUUUCUUAAUUGGAAAAGUCAGCAAGUGCUUUACUUACACCAUUAAUUUAAACAACGACAACUCCAUAAUCAAAAUAAAAGAAAUAUAAUCUUAUGUCAAUUGAUUAAAGAUUUUAAUCAAAUCAAUUUGCUUAAUAAAUUGCAUAACAAUUAAAAAAGAAAAAUGAUAAUAAUAAGAAAGAGAAUUUAAAAGUUAGUUUAGAUGAUUUUAUUACUCAAGUAAGUAGACCUACAAAAACAUUAAUCUCUCCUUUUAAAUAGACAAAAUCAUUGUCUCCAUCAAUAAGAGUCGGGUCAGCUAAGCCAAAAAGUAUUGAUAUUAAAUUAAUUUAGAAUAAAUAUAUUAUAUUACUUCGUUAGUUGAAGCAUUUAAACAUUCUUAUCCUCAAAAUUCUGAGUAAUAAUUAUAUAAAGAUCAUGCAGUUUAGACAUUUAAUUGUGUUGGUUUUUGUAUCAAUCUUUAAGAAUCAGAUUAAUAAACUAUACAAUCUAAAUUAUUAAAUUUACCACCAAAAUUGAAUUGCAAAUGUAAAAUACUACACUAUAAUAAUAUUAGAUUAAAAAACAGUAGUUUUUGAUCUUGAUGAAACUUUGAUUCAUUGUAAUGAAAAUUAAUCAUUAAAGGCAGAUAUUUAUUUACCUAUAACAUUUCCUUCAGGUGAUACUGUCUAAGCAGGUAUUAAUAUAAGACCAUAUGCGAAAUGGAUACUAUAAGAAUUAAGUUAAAUUUGUGAAGUUGUUGUAUUCACUGCUUCUCAUCAAUGUUAUGCUAGUUAGGUGAUAUAAUAUUUAGAUCCUAAAAAUUAAUUACUUUCAGCCUAAUUAUUUAGAGAUAAAUGUGUUUUAUCACCAGAUGGUGUACAUAUAAAAGAUUUGAGAAUAUUUAAUAGAGAUCUUAAAGAUAUUGUAUUAGUAGAUAAUGCUGCAUAUUCAUUUGGAGUUCAUCUUGAAAAUGGUAUUCCUAUCAUUCCAUUCUAUGAUAAUAAAGAUGAUAAAGAAUUAAAGACUUUAUUUGACUUUUUAACUGAAUAGGUCUUACCAGCACCUGAUUGUAGAUUAGUAUUAUAAUCUACAUUUAGAUUAAGAGAAUUCUUAAAAUAUAAUGAUCCAAAACUAGCUAUUGAAAAGCUAUUUUGAUUAUGCG